AUUUCAAUAGUAUUUGUUGUGGGAAAUCAGGCAGCGCUUCCGGACGUCGGAAAAUGCACAUUUAUGGAAUACUAUUGUAAAGCACGUAACUGUGAGACAGACUUCUUUAAAGAGCGGCGAAAGGAUCCCAAAGGAAACUGUAGGUAAGUUGUUACUGAUUCUUGUGGGCAAUAAGGACCACUCCUUUGUGCAACGAAAAUUAUCCGGAGAAGAAAGAACCUUUUUAUUUGUCUGAAAUGAUUAGUGGGAUAUAUUUUCUUUAAAGUGUCAUGUGGUAAUUGUUAAAAUUUAACGAUGUAAAAGGAACUAUAAAAUUGCUGUUUCUUCAGAAAUGUACAAAGUUUUAAAACAUACAUGUUUCGCCUUUGAGCUUUUUGCCAUGAGCGCGACCACGGCUAGGCGGGUUACCCCACCUUGAGACGUUUACAUGGCAAAUUGUCACCCCGGCUGAUAGGGUUACCCCACCUGGCAGACCGGGCAACCCAACUAGCCAGGUCAUCCCACCUAUCAUAUAAACGUGAUCAAGACGGAAAUUAGAAAUUAUAUGGACAGGCGGGUUACCUCACCUACCUGGGGUCCCCCACCUCCAUGUAAACAGGCCCUAACUCACGGUUUAUUCACUUGAUUGAACGAUUUUACUACAACGCUUUGGUUAACUCCUACUCACAACUCUCAGCUUAUUCGUAGGAAACACACAAAAACGUCCCGUUGUAAGCUCGUGGAACAGUGUCAUAUAUGGGGCGAUAAAACACGUGCCGCAUACAUGUUGGUUUGGUUAUGUAUGGAUUAACGAAAUCACUCAUAAAUGUCAAUAAACUUAAGAAUAAUUAACGUAUCAUACAGUUUCCAACAAGGGCUGCGCAUAUUUCACGCUCAUCAAAAAGUAGAAAUAACGCGUCACGAAAAAAUCAGAUAAACAACCUGAAGUUUCUUGUAUCGCGAAAAGCAUAAAAGUGCCAGUUCACUGGGUUUUAAUUUCGUAUUUUCUCUGGUCAUCAAAAAUUAAAAAAUAAUCAAUCCUGUAUCGCGCAGUAACCCUCUUUCCUCUCCCUAUCAUUUGAUCGAUCAAUCAACUACAUUAUUCAUUUAUAAUGAUUGGAUAGAAGGAAAAAAUUAACAACUAACAAUUAAAUAAUAUUAUACAUUUUAUACAUUUUAGUGUUCAUCACGAUGAAAUGCUCAAUUGUGCCGCAAACACUUUGAAUUCUUGCUCUGAUGCCAACUUGCCAUCAAGUCUCCUGAAAGCACAGAUUGAACAAAAUUUCGGAGUAGAUCUCUUGUGCUCUAAAGGCGCUGUAGAUACCCCAGCCAACAUCUUUGGUAAAUUGCUUCCGACUUUGCCAUGCUCCGGAUCUUUCAACAACGAAUCAAGCGCCUGUGUGAAAAACUACCAUGAACAAUUUAUUGCAAAUGCAUCGGAUCCUGCUCUUUGCAAGUAAGUAUCAGUUAGUGAGCCAUUGUUCCCUCAGAGGGCGAGUCGGGGUGUAUUCUCUCAUCAAAAUAACAGGUAUAUCCCUGGGAUAACUUCAUAAACUCCCGUCACCCCCCUUAAUCCCCACCUAACGUCAUCUCCCCCCCCCCUCAGCCUUUAGAGAUGAUGAUUUCAACAAGGUCUCAAUGGCGUUACUCGUUAGCCCUACAGCGGCAAAACAUUUUUAGCUAUUAGGAGUAAAAAUUGACAGUUAAAUUUUAACUGUUAGUCGUAAAAAAUGUUAACCUUAAAAGUUUUCCUCUACCACAAUGUCAUUUUUGUCAUUUUGGUUUAACCGUAGCCAUAAAAUGGCCAAAGUUUUAAUUUGUAAUAAUUUUCUCGAAUCAUGUUUUUCAAAUACUUAUUUCAGUCCUGGAUUAAAAGGUUAUUUUUACAAAUGCUGUAAAAAUUUCUUUCCUAUCAACAUGCGAGAUAAGCAAUCUUAGGAGCCUUGCUAGAAAUCUCGUAAGUUUUGCAAAAACUCUAGCAGGGGCCAUUUUAGGCUCAAACUACCUGAGCGGAAACAACUUUCUCCACACUGGCGUACAUAAAGAACAUCUAGGCCAAAAAAAAAAAGAACUCGCAAUCUACUUCACAGGAGUUGGGAUUGAAGACUGGACCCUAGAGAAGGGCCUACAUUUGGCCAAACUCACUUGAGCCCAUGUAAGAUUACCCAUUUCGUUGAGGACAUUUUUUUUCUGAGUUAUUUUUAUUUGCAUAGGGGACAAGCUGAUGCAAAGAAAUGUCUGAAGAAUCUGAUGAAGUCUGACUGUAGCUUUCCCUCUCAGAUCCAGGAAAUCUUUGAUCUGAGUCUUAGUGACCACAAUCCUUUCUGCACCAACAAGCGGGAUCCUGGCGCGACUGGCAAUGAAAUAUGUGAUGACGUGGUAGUAAAUACUAGAGAUUCAUCCGCUGGUCGCAUAAGUAGCGCAUUGAAGGCACUUGUGCUUUCUUUCUUGUUGGCGUUAUUCUUGGCGAACAUGUAA